AACGUGUAUCGUGUAUUCUACAUUCGUGUAUAGAUUUCAUUUGUGGCGUUGCGAGCGACUAAUAUUUUUUUUUUUUCUUAAUGAAUACUGAAUAAUAAUUAACUCCACUCUCUCAAUAUAGAAUGCUAACAUAUGUUCAAAAUGCUCACGAUAAAGGACGCGAUCGAUAAAAGACGCGAGUUGUGCACCGACAAACAGUUCGUUAAUCUUUUAGCUGUUGUGCCGUAGUGACGAAAAUGAUUUUAAUACGAAAAGCGGUCUUUAUUGUAAACACAUUUCUGUUGUGCGUUUUGUCAGUUUUCAACAUUUAUUUCACAAAUGGAGACAUGACUAUUGUCGAUGUCAAAGAAUUUGAAUAUGGAGGUGACAUAUUUUUUGAGAUUACACAUCCACCAGAACUACAGUACACUUAUCGAAUAAGACCAGCCAAAAGUUUUGGCAUCCCUUUUGACAAGGAAAAUUUUCCAGCUAAAAAAACAAAAUUGGUACUUGUCGACCCUCAACAUGGAUGUGAAAUGCCUAAAAACGCAAAGCAACUUCAAGGAAAUGUUGCAUUUGUGAAAAGAGGUGUUUGUAGCUUCUUAAAGAAAACUGUGAUAUCAGAAUUAUCUGGAGCAAGAGCUAUCGUUAUCACAGACAACAACAUUUACGAUGAUACAGCUUAUAUACACAUGAUUGAUGACGAAAGUGAUAUGUCUGCCAAUAUUCCAGCUGGUUUUCUUGUUGGAAAGUCUGGGCAUUUAAUACACACUAAAAUGUCAGAACUCAUGAUGACAGAACUGCCUAUCGUGUUUCCAUUAAACAUGACCUAUGUACCGAUACAUGAAAUCAAGCAACCACCAUGGAUAACAAUUUGAAUCUUAUAAUAUGUUCAAUUCAAAUAUAGACUGAAAAUCCCUCCAUGUUAUUGUAUAAUAAUAAUGUUUAAUUAACUGAACGGAAAUGUCAUGUGUUGGAAUAUUAUUGCAAAAAACUGUAGACCUAAUUUUUAAGAAGUUUUAACCGUCAUUAACUAUAAGUAUGAUUUUUAUAUAGAUGUAUAACAUUAUAAGGUUAUUUUAUUACAGGGUUAUAUUAAACAGGGUUGUUUACAACAUAAAUAUGUAAUUUUUAAAUAUUUUAUUUGAUUGAACCAUUCAUUUUUUGUAUUUAAUAUUUAUUUGUACUUUUGAAUCAAUGAUAACUAAUCAGGUGGUCAACAAAAAUUUUAACAAUGAUAAUAAAUUAUGUUAACAAUAUUAUGAUAAAUAAAUGUACCUUUACUUUAUUAAAUGUAAUUAAUUAUAAUAUACCACGUCAUAAAAUUACUAAUUAUAUUUUAAUAUUAAAUAGUGUAUUUUAAUAAAUAUAUUACAUUAUUAUAUACUUA